GCAAAUCUUGACGUAUAUAGUAUGACGCCGGCUUCUAUUUUUCAAAAAAUUACAUUGUGAAUGCAACAGUGUGCGAUCACGUAUCAAUGUUAACAGUUCUCUAAUACAUAGUCAUCUCGCAAUGAACGCGCUGAGCAUAGUCCUUGGGGCUUUGGCUUCAGGUUCGAAUUUCUCCUUAUGGGUAACGCUUGUCAUGCUGCUAACCUUUGGAUUCUACAUACUGUAUCGGGACAAACGUGCGUCUGAACGACAAAAACAAAUAUCUCUACUACCAACCCUAACAAAAACCUAUUGGGGAAUUCUCAAGAACUCAUUGCACGUCGCUAGUUUGCGCCCCCAAGUUAUUUUACCCUAUUUCUCCAGCGUCCUUAAAAGAGUUGGACCGUUAGUGCAUUUCAAAGUUAUGUUGCGUGACUAUAUCAUUAUAAACGACCCCGAUGACAUAAAGAUAUUAUUAUGCAGCACUCAACAUAUUACCAAAGGACCGGAUUACAAAAUGCUCGAGCCUUGGUUAAACAAAGGGCUCCUGACCAGCACUGAUGAAAAAUGGCAUACGCGUAGAAAGUUACUGACAAAUACGUUCCACUUCAAAAUAUUAGAAACAUAUAUACCAGCUUUGAACAAGCAUGCAUACGCUCUAGUGCAAAACCUUGCCAAGGCAUCGAAAAACGAUGAAGUUAUUACGGACAUAGAUUCGCACGUGACUCUAUGCGCUUUGGAUAUUGUAUGCGAAACAAUCAUGGGCGUGAACUUAAGAUCUCAAGAAGGACAAUCGAUUGAUUACGUUAAUGCAAUAAAAACCAAUGAUUGUAUGUUUUGUUUUACUAGUGUGAGUAAUAUAGUUAUCAAAAGAAUAUUCACAUUUUGGCUAUGGAGCGAAACGAUUUUCAACGUCAGUACUAGCGGCAGAGACUUUUAUAAAUCGUUAAAAGUACUACAUACAUUUACUGAAAACGUUAUUCAGGAAAAAAAACAAAAACUAAAUUUUGCAGAAAAUCAAAAUGCCUGGACCAAUGAAAGAAAAAGAAUUUACUCAUUUUUAGACCUCUUAAUUGGCAUAUCUAAAGAAAACCCAAGCAUGAUGACAGAUUUAGAUAUCAGAGAAGAAGUAGACACUUUUCUAUUUGAAGGACACGAUACAUCUUCAAUAGCCAUGACAAUGGCAUUGAUUCACAUUGGCAUGAAUCAAAAUAUACAGGAUGACAUCAGAGAAGAGCUUCAUGGAAUAUUUGGUGACAGUGAUCGAGAUGCUACAAUGGAAGACCUUAAAGCCAUGCCGAUAUUGGAAAGAGUAAUAAAAGAAACCAUGAGACUUUACCCCAGUGUUACGGGUAUUACAAGAAAACUCAAUCAACCAUUAAGUCUUAAAAACCACAUAAUACCUCCAGAAACUAUUUUAGUCGUCGUUCCUCACUUGUUGCAUCGUGAAGAGUCAAUGUAUCCAAACCCGGAAAUGUUUAAUCCCGAUCGGUUUUUACCGGAACAGUGUAUCAAUCGACACCCAUAUGGAUACAUACCGUUUAGCGCUGGACCAAGAAACUGUAUUGGACAGAAAUUUGCAAUGUAUCAAAUGAAGACUGUAAUAUCAACGGUUGUUAGAUACAUGAAAUUAGAAACACUAGGAACACAAAAAGAUAUUAUUGUUAGUACGCAAUUGGUAUUAAGAGCCGAUUCAUUGCCCAGUUUAAAAAUAACACCACUUUUUAAUAAUAAUUUUAAGUAUUAAAACUCAAAACAAAAACGUAAAUAAUGUUUUGUAAAUAUUACUUUUAAGUAUUAAUAAAAUACAAAUAUUGUUGUCGUUGUAAA